CUACACGUUUUCCUGUAUAGCUCACCCAACCAAAUCCCCCAAAGCCAUCGUCUCUCCGCUUCUUCCUGGUUUCAGAGCUGAAGCAGAGCAGUGCUGUAAAUCCAUGGAGCUUCUUUCACGAUGUUCUACUCUCAUUCCUCACGCAUCUUCCCUCAGCCUUCCUAAUUCUCAUCCAAAGCCAUCCAAUUUCUAUCCCAAGCUCAAAUCCAGUCUCUCUUUUCCUUCCGCUUGCUCAGUCCUCAAGGCAACCGCUCUUAAACCCUCGAGAACUCUAGCUUCGCCGUGCUCCGUCCUCAUGACGGCUCCACAGACGCCGGAUGUCGCCCGGAGAGGCGCCGAGACUGACGCCAUGGGACUGCUUCUCAGGGAGAGGAUCGUCUUCUUAGGGAAUAGCAUCGAUGACUUUGUGGCCGAUGCUAUUAUCAGCCAGCUCUUGCUAUUGGAUGCUCAGGACUCUACCAAAGAUAUCAGGCUCUUCAUUAAUUCCCCCGGCGGCUCUCUCAGUGCUACAAUGGCAAUCUACGAUGUCGUACAGCUCGUGAGGGCUGAUGUCUCCACAAUUGGACUAGGCAUUGCAGCCUCAACAGCUUCCAUAAUCCUCGGCGGUGGCACUAAAGGCAAGCGUCUCGCAAUGCCUAAUGCACGUAUUAUGGUUCAUCAACCUCUUGGAGGGGCGAGUGGUCAAGCAAUAGAUGUGGAAAUUCAAGCACGUGAAAUCAUGCAUAACAAGAACAACGUAACGAGAAUUAUCUCCGAAUUCACUGGCCAUCCGUUUGAUAAAGUCCAAAAAGAUAUUGAUAGGGAUCGUUAUAUGUCGCCCAUAGAGGCGGUUGAAUAUGGAUUGAUUGAUGGAGUUAUUGACAAAGAUAGCAUUAUACCUCUCAUGCCAGUGCCAGAAAGAGUGAAGGCAAGUUUAAAUUAUGAAGAAAUUAGUAAAGAUCCCAGAAAAUUUUUGACACCAGAUGUCCCCGACGACGAGAUAUACUAGUUUUCGGCGUUUCGGUAGACCUUUCUUUAGGCCCUUGAUUUAUAUGAUUUACAUGUAGAAUCUUAUGUAUGCAAUUCAUGGUGAGUGGAAAUCAGAAAUACCUUUAGGUAUCAAAACUUCUCUACUCAAGUAAAAGGUAUUGUGAAUUUGUACCUUUUUUGUUUGACAUUUUCAAAUGAGCAUUCUGAGAAAAGAAAAAUUGGCAUUGAAUCAUAUUUUGUA